AUGUUGCGGCGCGUGGAACGAGUGGGAUGGGCGCCGCUGCGCACGUUCGCCACGACAGCUGCCGUGCGUGCUGCGCCUAAGCCGGCCGCGCCGAAGAAAAAGGUGUCGGUCCGUCGCGGCCAGCUCACGGGCGAGCGCCGCACAGGCGGCCUGCGCCGAGGUGGCGUCGAUACGUCCAGCCAGCUGUCCAAGGCGACGACGCACUAUGCCCAGCAGCCCGACAUGUCCGAUCUGCCUGUCCUGAAGGGCGCCUCCGCGCUGCGCGAGGGCGUGCCAGGCGACGCUCUUGCGUGGUCCAAGCGCACCCUCGCGGCCUUCGAUGCCUUUGGCCUCCCGCGCGAAUUGUCGCGCGCGCAGGCUCUGCAGCCCAAGCCGCGCACGAUCGUGCGCGAAGCGACGAAGGACGUGCUGCAGUGUGGCCAGGGAAAGCACCUGCUCAUCGGCGAGCCGGGCUGCGGCAAGUCGACGUACCUGCUGCAGGCCGUCGCUCAGGCCGUCGAGUCCGAGUCGGCCGUGCUGUAUGUGCCCCGCAGCAUCGCCCUGAUCAACUCGUCGUCGCCGUACACGUACUCACCCGCGUUUGCAACGUACCUGCAGCCGGAGGUGGCGACGCACCUGCUCCAGGCCCUCUUGCAGGUGAAUGGCCGCAUCCUGAAGCGGAUCGAAGCGCCCGACGCGCACGUCGAGGGCGUGCGUGUGCCGGGCGGCACGCUCGAGAGCAUGAUCCGCCACGCCCUCGCGGACGAAAAUGCGCAUGUGCGGCAGCUGGCGCUCGAGCAGGUCCUGCGCACGCUGACGCAGCAGACCGAGGUGCCGUUCGUCGUGGCGAUCGACGAUGUCCAGGCCUAUUUCAUGACGUCCUCGUACAGGGAUCCGGACUACGUGCCGCUCGAGGCCUACGAGCUCGCUGUGCCACGUGCGCUGCGCGACCUCGUCCUGACGCCGCGCUCACAGGCCGUGGUGCUGAGCGCGCUGAGCUCGGCGCACGCCGAUUUCCCGGCCCCUGAUGCCCUGCUCGUCGCGCUGCGUGAGCAGUGCUCGGCGCACGGCGCGCCCGUGCCGUGGUCGCGCGUGUGGGCGACGCUGUCGUGCCGCGGCUCUGCCACGCGCGUGCGCGAGCCGCACGCCUACGCCCAGGUCAACGAUACCCAUCUGGCCUCGGCGCGCGCUGCGGCCUUGUCGCCCCUGGAUGUCGGUGCGCCGCUGCACCGCAACGAGGCUGCCUCGAUCCUUGAUCUCCUGCAUCGCGAGCGCGUCAUCUGGACGACGCCGAACGACGAGGCGUUUUUGGCCAAGCUCGUCGAGAGCCACGGCAACGUCCAUACCUUUACUCAUAGCUGGCGCGCGACGCUGCAGUAA